AUGACGAUUGUCAAAGAAAUGUUACAAACAUGGCGUCCUGUUUUCAUCACUCUGUUCUCAUCCAAUAAGAACGUUUUCUUAUCUGAGCCUUCAGAAAAGACCGCAAGACCUAAACGAAAACUUUUACUCAUCCUUGUUAUAAUUGCAGUGGUGAUUGUGGUCAUCCUCGCAGUAUCCCUGAUCGCCAUAUACGUUCCAAAGUACCUUAGCGAUGCCGAAAACAAACCUGCACAAGGUUCCAAGUACACAGGGCCGUUAACUGGUGAAUUAGAAGUGACUACUUUCCCAAAGACUCACACAAGUUCGACAAGUAUGUCCUCCCUAUCAUCAGUUGUGACGAAACCCACACCAACAGCCACAUCAGCUUACUUUCAGCGGGAACAAACAACGUCACCACCCAACCUGGAGUCUACGAGGAGCAGCAUCUCAUCAGCCAGUAGUAUAGCAACCCUGACAGCUAUUGCAGAUCUUGUCCCCAACACAGAAUCGAAAUGGUCUCGUUGGAGUUCUUGGAGUGACUGCACUAAAACAUGUGGCAGUGGUUCACGAUAUCGAAAGAGAAAGUGUGUGGCCAUUAAUGAUAGAGCGGUCUUUGCCCCGAUUACAUGUGCCGGAAAACCUGAUCAGAUCAAACCAUGUGCAGAGUGGAGCUGUCCAGAUUGUUCGCGAAACUGUACCACUGGAACACUGAAUGCCGCGUGUGAUGCAUGUACAUGUGAUCAUCACGUACUCACUGGACGAGUUUUGACAGUAGAUGACACACCACUGUCGGAAGCAAACAUAUCAUUGAUAGAAACACCCUACCACGUUCUUGCAAAGACGAACAUAAGUGGACACUUCACAGCACUUGGUGUCUGUGCGGAUGAGCAAGAGUUGCUUGUGACAAAAGAUGGUUUUGUUCCUGUGACGAAAAAAGCUAAUAUUCUGACCCGAGAGAAGGCCACCAUUAUCGCAAAGAUGGAAAUUGCAGUUCCGCCGUUUGUGACUGUCCAUCCGGAAAGCAAACUUCGGCUGCCUGGUCAGAAUGCUACAUUUUGUUGCAAUGGUCGGGGAAACCCUCCACCGGAAAUUGAAUGGUUCAAGGAGAAUAACAUAAUCGAUAAGGAACUUUACAGUUUUAACAACACUCUUAAAAUAACUGCUGAGCGCGGACUUAAUGGAAGCUACCGCUGUCGAGUAGUAAACGACUUUGGGUCCGAAUUCUCCGACGGAGCAGUCUUGAAAAUAGUAGAUACAUCAGAGGCAUUCUGUGACCCAACUCCUCGAACAAAGGAAUUGAAACUUCCACCAAAUUGUGUACAGAAAGGCACAACAAAUAAUUCGGUUGAUGUAGGUGAAUGUCCAUCUGUACCCUGCCUUCAAAACGAUUCAGACAACUCAAACGCUUGCAAAGACAAAACAUUUUGUUGUGGGGUCUCAAUGGUGGAAGAAGUGAAUAUAGCUUGCGGAAAUGUCGCUGAGUUUAAGCUCUCCAAGGCAAAAUAUUGUGGCUGUGGAGUUUGUAACAAGGCCGUUAUAACAAUAAGAGGCGUGGUCGUGGGCGGAAAAGAGGAGAGGCCAGUUAAAUUUGCCCAAAUUGAAUACGAUGGAGAAGUGAAAGCGAACGCAGACUUUAGAGGUGGCAGUUUUUCUUUUGAUGUUAGAGAUGGAAGAAAACGAUUAGCUGUCACUUUCAAAGACACCUUUUCAAAGGAAUUUGAAGAUCUUACGAAAGUUUUUCAUCUUCAAGAGGGCCAGAGUGUGAUUACGAAGAUUAUCCUAGCCACAAAACAACGGCCAGUAAUUUUCGAUGCAUCUCAGGAUCUCAGUGUUCCUUUGGGUGGCGAGACAGAUGACUCUGCUUUUGCAGAUCUUGAGGUUCCUGGAGGUUCCCUUUUGAAAGAAGACGGAACUAGUUACUCUGGCCAAGCUAAUAUGCGACUGAACUUAAUCGAUCCUCGAAACGCAUCCGACAUCUUGUCAGCUCCCGGCGACUUUUCCGCCGUUGAUGAAGACGGAGAGGAACAGAUUCUCUCGAGUGUUGGAAUGAUGAAGGUGAACUUUGAAGAUACCAGUGGAAAUAAGUUAACCCCUUCUAAACCUAUGAAAGUGUUUUUGGAUCCCCAACAGCUAAACAUUAGUGUAGAUAAUAAUGGAAAUACGACUGUUAAACUUUGGUGGCUAAACAAAAAGACUGGACGAUGGAUACCGGCCGGAAAUAUAUGGAGCGACGAAAAGGGUAGUAUUCGACGGAAAAGAAGGUCUGCCCGGAGGUUCUUAGUCACUGAAAUCACCCAGGCUAUAAGUGAAAGUGAUCUGAAUUUUGACACGCCCAGUGAUUUCUGUUUUGUGGGCGUAUCGGCUCCUCCAAGGUCAACUGCAAGGGUUAUAUGUGGAUCUUCCUCCAAUGAUAAUCUAUUAGAGGGCUAUCGAGAGGAAACAUCGAACUCCAAUGGCAUCGCUUGUGUUCCAACUUGGCCAGGAAGGACGUGCUACCUGCAAGCAGAAAGUGAUAGUUCAAGAUUUCUAACGCCAGACCAAGGAGGCAUUGAUUCUUUUCCAUAUGGGACAAAUGUUAGAGUUGUUUCGAGCAACCUUGGAAGAGCUCAAAAAGUUGAGUCGUUCAAACUUUAUACCAGUGUGAGAAGCAGUGGUCCUGUUUAUCCUUUUUCUAAGUCUAACGCAAGGUGCUACAGGCAAGAUAGAGACAAUAAAUAUUUUCGUUUUCAACCCCCCCAAGGCGCUGACGCAACAUUUAUCUUGUCCUCGCCACGUAUAGAUGACAGCAAUAACCCACUCAACUGGUAUCCGCCUAGCCCCAGCGACAUAAACAAACAGGAUGUUUGCUUUAUCAAGGUCCUUGUACAUAAUGCAAAGGCAACCUUUCUUGCUUCCAGUUUCCGAGGAAACAGGCAGGGUACGACAGAUUCAAAAGUCGGCGAUUAUGCUACAAUGGCAGUUGAUUCUAUUAGAGACAAUGAAUUUGUCGUCUGCCUUCAGAUCCGUUGUCCAGGGAUCGUUGACAGAGCUGAGGAACGAACGGACGUUCAUAUUAUUCCCAUUACGGGACAUUGCCAUUUCCAAUCUGUUCAUAUCCCGCAAAAGUUUAUGGAAAACAAUCUCGAUGUGCCGUGUGUUCUUCCGUCCUCCGGCGCUAGUAACCAUGAAAAGUGGAUCUGUGUUCCGAGUGGUUUGACCAGCGGGUUUGAUGUCGACUUUGUGUACCGAGCAGAUAAAAGUCAGGAGAAUUUAGCAAAGCAUAGAUGUCUCAUCGGCAGAAUAAGAGAAGACCAAAUCACUGACACUCCUCCUUCAAUCACUGGAGCAAGUUUGGUCUAUAGUUGUGAGUGAAUAAUCCUUCCUUCUGAUUGGUGCCAUCAGCCAUUGAGACGAGCGAUCGUGGAUGGUGAUCUUAGGAUUAUAUAGUGAAGAGCUUAGAGAAUAGAACCUUAAGCGAAAUACAUAUUACCAAGAGCUAUUUUUCGCAAUAUUUCUGCCAAAACAGUUUUUACUUCACUUUCUCUGUAUUUUUAUUUCAUCGAUCAAUCAUUUUCUUUUCCGGAAAAAAAGUAAACAUCAAAAGUGGAGAAUAGUCCCAAAGGCCAAAUCUGAGACUUCGACCAAUCAGGUCAGUGACCGCCUGUUGUGUUUAAGGCUCAGGGGUUCCCGAAGAGAGUGUAAAGGCUGUGCGCUGGAGGAGGGGGUGGUACUUUCCUUCUUCCAGGCAUAAAUGCUUUUGGAAUAUCAGUGUGUAAAUAAUUUUAUUUUCUGUGAGUUACAAAUUCAAAUAACAGUUAAUGCAUUGAGAUUUUUCAGUCCUGCCGGCUUCAACUUUAAUUUCAAGUCACGUGUUGCUCCUUUAGAGCUCUCAGCUUUACUAACGAUUUAAGAUACAGAUAUAGAUAACAUUCCGCUUAUUACAAACAACCGUAAGAUGACCAUUAGUUAAGCUCAUAAGGCCUUUUUUGAUGUCUGUUGAUUGAUCUUGGCAUUCCUCUGUGAAUAUGGUCAUUAUUUGAAGCAAGAAGCAGCAUAAUUGAUAAGC